AUGAAGUCGGCUACGCGCCUCUUUUACCUGUCGGUAUUUGCCCUCUGGGCCCCUCAAGUCCGAUGUCAGAACCCGGACCCGAGUUCUCCUUUACAAGAUGCCUGCGCGAUCUCACCCAAAGCUAUCGUCCACGAUGCAUGCGCUUCCUAUUCGACGCUUGAGCGGCUGAACCGCAACGUCAAGCCGGCACUUGACGAGCUGACGCAGACGACCGACUUCUUUUCGCAUUACCGAGUCAAUCUCUUCCACAAAAAAUGCCCCUUUUGGGAUGACGAGAAUGGGAUGUGCGGGAACAUCGCCUGCGCUGUCGAGACACUGGACAAUGAGGCGGAUAUUCCAUUAGUAUGGCGUGCGAGCGAGUUGGGCAAGCUGGAAGGCCCUCGCGCACACCAUCCUGGCAAGAACCUGCAGAAGGAGCAGCCCGACCGGCCGCUGCAGGGACGCUUGGGUGAGGAUGUCGGGGAGAGCUGCGUGGUGGAGUACGAUGACGAGUGCGAUGAGCGAGACUACUGCGUUCCGGAGGACGAAAGCGCAAGCUCAAAGGGCGACUAUGUCAGCUUGCUGCGCAAUCCGGAACGCUUCACGGGAUACGCAGGUGACGGGGCGAAGCAAGUGUGGGACGCCAUUUACCGGGAGAACUGCUUCCAGAAGAGCUCCUUUCCGCACUCGGCGUCCCUCGGAAAGGACAAGUCAGUUAAGGGCCCGGCCGCCAUGGAUUUCAGAGCUGUGAUUGAGGCUGCGGGUCGGCAACAGGUUUUGGAGGAACAUCGGCAGCAUAACCCGCUGACGCCCUUCGUUGCGAAGACGGGUCUGGAGCACGAAGAUGAGUGUUUGGAGAAACGCGUGUUCUACCGCGUCAUAUCGGGCAUGCACGCGAGUAUCUCCACGCACAUCUGCUGGGACUACCUCGACCGGACGACCGGGGAGUGGCAGCCCAAUCUUGAGUGUUACAUGAGCCGGCUACACAACUUUCCGGAUCGCAUCAGCAACCUCUACUUCAACUACGCGCUCCUAACCCGCGCCAUUGCCAAGCUUGGGCCCUAUCUCUCCGAGCACCAAGAUUAUACCUUUUGCACGAGCGAUUCCGACCAGGACACUUUAACGAGGGACAAGGUCAUGGCCGUCACGGACAAGGCAGCAAGCGUGCCACAGAUUUUCGACGAGAGUCUCAUGUUCAAGAACGGCGAAGGCCCUUCUCUGAAGGAAGAUUUCCGCAACCGCUUCCGCAAUGUCAGUCGCUUGAUGGACUGCGUAGGUUGCGACAAGUGCCGCCUUUGGGGUAAGCUUCAGACAGUCGGCUACGGAACCGCCCUCAAGGUGCUAUUCGAGUUUGACAAUAACGACCACCCCGCUGUCCCGAUACUGAAGCGCACCGAGCUGGUUGCUCUGUUCAACACUUAUGCGCGGUUGAGCAGCAGCCUGAGUGCUGUGCAGCAGUUCAGACAGAUGGUGGAACAGGGCCGAGCGGCCGAGAAGGCUGAGGCGGAGCGACCUAAGGAGGCCACAAAGGUCAACGUGAUCCCAGACUGGGCAAAAAAGCCACGGCAUGCCGUUGUGCCCGAGUCGUCCGAGGUGGCUCCGUCGGCAGCUGUUGGAGCGGACGAAACUCUCGAAAAGGACGACGGUGCGGAGGGUUAUCAAAACCGGACUGCCAAAGAGGAAUUCGAUGACGAGCUGCAGAAUGUGAUCAGGGCCUUCAAGUUCGUCGUGAGAAGUUGGUUCCAUGUUCCAUCACACGUGUGGGCCAUAGUCACCUCCGAGUUGAAACGGCUCUGGCAGUUCUACAUCGGCCUACCCGUCUCGCCACGGUCGUGGGGUUACGCUCGGGUGGAUGAGUUGUAA